CAACGUCAGUACGAUUUGAGCGAUUGUUUCGUUUUUUUCAUUUACCACCUGUCAGUGUUUUGUGUGUACUGUUUGGAAAUGGCUGGUCUGUUAGGGUAAUUCAUUUAAAUCGAGUUUAGUGUCGUAACCUUGUGAUAUUGGUACUUAAUACUGUUAGGAAGUUGUGAUAAAUUUGCUGAAGUGCAUUAUUUGAUAAGUGCAGUAGAAGCUCCGCGUUUAGGAAGAUGUGCAAAAGAGCCCCCAAAUUAAAUAGCCAGUGGAAAUUCCCAGACCUCAGCCUUUAAGCAUUGGAAAACAGUGAAUAAUAGUUGCAUAGUGCAAGUGAAUGAUCAAUGUCAGUGCGAAAUGAGUGAGACGUGCACAGUCGUACAUUUUUCUCGGGAGCCUUCUAUGGCCAGAAUCGACACCAUCAAGCCAGAGUCUCCAGGAAAACUCUCAGAGAAUAAUCACAGUUUCGGGACUUUCUAUGUGUGCUGCAUCAGUUUGUCGAUAUUAACGUACAUCACCGAUUUAGUUUUGGUCAUCGCGUUGCUCUACUUCUACUCAAACCAGGGAUACAUUCUCUAUUUUGCUCUUACUCUAACAUUUGUCUUGUUGCCAGCUAUAUGUAUGAGCACUGUCAGCUUAAGGUGGUACAUAAUCGACCAUGAUGACCCUUCAGUGGGCAGGGCGUCGUUGGGACAUUGGAUAAUCAGAAUAGUGUUUCUGUUGCUGCAAAUAUCUCCGCUUUUGCGCUACGUGGAAACGUUGAUCUAUGGAAUCCGCAGCAAAGUGGCCGGCAAGUCCGAAAGCGACAGUCAACAAACAAUUUUGUACAGACGCAUGCUGGAUGAAGAUGCCAACAGUUCGCUAUUAAGGCUCUUCCACUGUUUUCUGCACUGUGCGCCGCAGGCUGUUAUGCAAUUGGUGUUCCUGUUGAGUUUUGUUAUGAAUCCGCAAACGAAAUCGUCUAUUAAUUUAGAUCUAUCGAUAAUUCAAGCAUGGACAGUUUUCACAUCGGUCACCUCGAUUGCCUGGUCCCUAACGUCGUAUCACAGAUCAGUGCGAUUUGCCAGGGACGAUAAAGACAAGAUCAAAUGGAUUGGGCUGCUUGUAGCCUUUUGCUGGCAACUCAUGAGUGCUUUGUCUAGGAUUUUAGCUCUUAGUCUGCUAGCUGCGAUCUUGCCUACAUGGAUGGGGGUGAUUUGCGCCCUUCAUUGGGGAGUUAUGUCUGUUUGGUUAGCGAUCGGGCACCACCAAACAGCCUCGUGCAGCAGCCGCUGUGAGGAAUUGCUGCUUUCGGUCGCCUUGGGCCUUGCCUACGUAUUGGCUUUUAUUUCGCCCAGAGACGGACCGACCAGAUACGUCUAUUUGGUCUAUUAUCUGGUUUGUUUCAUGGAAAACACUGGGGCCUUAGUCGUUUGGUGCGUUACCAACAACUCAUCGAACAAUCCUUUCCUCUACUAUGGAGCGGCGGGAAGUCAAGUGGUCAGCUUCAUAUUGGCCAUUGCCUUUUUGAUCAUUUACUACAAAUACUGCCAUCCCUCUUUGUCGAAACGGUCGAAAAUUCCAGGUGAUUUGUCCAACUAUAUCGAAAAUGACAAGCCUUGCUACAGCAAGACCUCGUACAAUUUUAGAACCAGCUCCUGAUCUAUAGUUUUCGUCUAAUUUUAAACUUGUGCAUCUGUGGCCGUUGGAACUUGCCCUGCCGAAGAGCAGUUAAGAAACCCUUUAAUACAGCCGCAAAUUUAAAAUUGGACGAAACAUUUUGCACAGAGUUAGCUGGAUUUUUAUAGUCAGUAUUACAUAUUUGACGAACUCUUGUCGAACAAGAGUGGUUUAUUUUUUAUAAUUCAAACACGAAGUUGCUUAAACACAAAUAGAAAUAUUGUGUGUGUUUUGCACACCAAGGUCAGUUUUUUAUAUAAAAAGAUAGUUUUUUUACAAACUGACCUAUUAGUCAACCAAAAUGCCUUUACCAGGUGCUUUCCCUGUUUUAUAUCAAAUAUGUUGCUUUUGUAGUUUGUGCUCGUAAAUAGUUAAAAGAAUGAAAGUAUAGUAUUUUUAAUAUGAAAUAUAUAUUAUUCUUUUAUAAUAAUUAAUUACAAAUUAAUAUGCAGGGUGGUGUGAAUGUGGUGUGUUUUACAUUUAAAAAUGAUUUUUCAAUCGUGCUAUUGCGAAAAAACAGUGUCGCGGGUUUGUUUUUAGCUAGUUGAAAAUACUAAUGUAGUCAUUGGCCUAGAUUUUGAGCGGUAAGUGAGACAGAAACGUUCUUUCGCGGGGAAAAAAAUUACUAAACGUUAUCUACGCCAGUGAUACAUGCAAAUAGUCAAAACAGCUAAUAUAGACACACCCUAUACCUAACGUUUGAGUCACACCCUAUAUAAUGCUGAAUUGUAUAUACUUU